CUCUCUUUGGUGUCCUCUCAUCAGCAUCACGGGAAGUGGCCACCCCUCCUCGCGACGUCAAACCGCUGGGUAGCUGGUCCUCCUACCACCCCUUUUUCCAAACCCGGACCACAUCUGGACACAUGCACGCUGGAAUUGUGGAAUUUUACCAACACAAACAUUUGACCUUUUGGGGGGACACGAUGUCGGAAGUCCGGAAAUUCACCAAGAGGCUGAGCAAACCCGGGACGGCGGCGGAGGUCAGACAGAGCGUCUCGGAGGCGGUGAGGAGCACCGUGGACCCGGUGGAGCAGCCCAAGAUCAUCGAACCUCUGGACUACGAAGCGGUGGUGUUCCAGAGAAAGGCUCAGAUCCACAGUGACCCCCAGCGAGACCUGCUGCUCUGUCCGGUCGACGAUGUUUCGGAGUCCCAUGUAUCCCGGCAGAGAAGAACUGUGGUUCCCUCUGUGCCACAGAAUGCUGAGCGGGAUGCCAGGAGCCUGUUUGCCAAAGAGUGCAUCAAGAUGUAUAACACUGACUGGCACAUCAUCAACUACAAAUAUGAGCCUUAUUCUGGCGACUUCCGCAUGUUACCGAGCAAAGGCCUCAAGGCGGACAAGCUGGCUGCUCACGUGUUCGAGGUCGAUGAAGAAGCCAAAGAUGAGGACACGGCGUCACUUUGCUCGCAGAGAGGCGGCAUCAUGAAGCAGGGGUGGCUUCAGAAAGCCAACAUCAACAGCAGCCUUUCCGUCUCCAUGAGGGUGUUCAAGAGGAGGUACUUUUUCCUGUCCCAGCUGCCAGAUGGCUCCUACAUCCUCAAUUCCUACAAAGAUGAGAAGCAUUGCAAAGAAACCAAAGGCUCUAUCUACUUGGAUUCUUGCAUUGACGUCACUCAGAGCCCCAAAAUGCGGCGUAACGGUUUUGAGCUGAAGAUGCAAGACCGCUACAGCCACUUCCUGGCUGCUGACAGCGAAAUUGAGAUGGAGGAUUGGGUGGCCACACUCAAACAGGCCCUGCAGAGCAGCAGUGAGGCCUGCCAGGAAAGGAGGAAUGGGCCAGAGUCCCUGGAUGGCUCUUUGGACGAUGACAUCACUGGCCAAGGGAAAAGUGAGAGCCUGCUGGAAGGUCUGGGCAGGAACCUACAACCUGAGCUCACAAAGUAUGCCAGGGAGACAGACCAGCUCAAUAAGAUCAACCGGAACGAAGGCAGACAGAAGCUUUUCUCUCUGGACCCUGAGACGCAGAGACUGGACUUUUCGGGCAUCGAGCCAGACGUGAAGCCGUUUGAGGAGCGCUUCGGUCGUCGCAUCGUGGUCAGUUGCCACGACCUGACCUUUAGUCUGCAGGGCUGCGUCAGUGAGAAGGGCGAGAGCGUGCUCACAAAUGUGGAGCCGUUCUUCAUCAGCCUGGCACUUUUUGACAUCUCUAAAAACUGUAAGCUCUCUGCGGACUUCCACGUCGACCUCAACCCGCCCUGCGUGAGGGAGAUGCUGACCGACACCUCGGGUCAACUCUCGCCUUGUUCAGACUCUGAGGGAGGAGGGGUAGAAGGAGGUGGGGGUAGUGGUGGUGGUGGAGGCCGGGCUUUAAUGAGCGGGGACGCCGGGAAGUCGAACGGUCUGCCUUUUCUUCAAAGGGUGUCUGAGGCUCUGCUGCACUUUCCUACACAGGCUAUCUUUUCGGUCACCAACCCGCAUGCUGAUAUCUUUCUGGUGGCUCGUGUGGAGAAGGUGUUGCAGAAUGGCAUCACCCACUGUGCUGAGCCGUACAUGAAGACCUCUGACAUCAACAAGACCGCUCAGAAGGUCCUCAAGGCGGCCAAACAGACGUGCCAGCGCCUGGGCCAGUACAGGAUGCCUUUUGCUUGGGCUGCUAAGCAGGUGUUCAAAGAUGCUCAGGGAAGCCUUGACAUGGACGGCAAGUUUUCUCCCCUCUACCGUCAGGACAGCAGCAAAAUCUCCACGGACGACAUCAUCAAGCUCCUAGCUGACAUCAGGAAACCCGAGAAGAGCAAGAUUCAGACCAUCCCUGGACAGCUGAAUGUCACUAUUGAGUGUGUCCCGCCCGACUUCUCAAACACGGUGACCUCCUCUUACAUUCCUGUAAAACCCUUUGAGGAAAGCUGUGAGCGUGUGUCUGUGGAAGUGGAGGAGUUUCUCCCCGAGGAGGCCAAGUACAACUACCCCUUUACCACGUACAAGAACCAGCUCUACAUCUACCCUCUGCAACUCAAAUAUGACAACCAGAAGAGCUUCACCAAGGCAAGAAACAUUGCCGUCUGCAUACAGUUUCGGGAUUCUGAUGAAGAAAAUGCAACACCUUUAAAGUUCAUCUACGGCAAACCAGGAGACUCCCUCUUUACCAGCAGCGCCUAUGCCACCGUCCUGCACCACAACCAGAGUCCAGAAUUCUAUGAUGAGGUUAAAAUGGAGUUGCCGGUCCACUUGCACGAGAAGCACCACAUCCUCUUUAGCUUUUACCACAUCAGCUGCGAGUCAAGCACCAAAGCUAGCAGCAAGAAGAGGGAGGGUGUCGAGACUCUAGUUGGCUACUCGUGGUUGACUCUGCUGAAAGAUGGCAGAAUGCAGUCAACAGAGCUCCAGCUACCUGUAGCUGCAACCCUGCCUCCUGGAUACCUCUGUCAGGACACCAAAAAGCCGGAUAUCAAGUGGGUUGAAAAUGUAAAGCCACUGUUCAAAAUGAGAAGUCGUGUUGCAUCAACAAUAUAUGCUCAGGACCUACAUCUCCACAAGUUCUUUUUGCAUUGUCAGCUCAUGAGGACCACACCGGAAAGCAACCAGGCAGAGCUAAUCAAAUACCUUAAGUGCCUGCACGCCAUGGAGACACACGUCAUGAUCAACUUUUUGCCUGUGGUGCUGAUGCAGCUGUUUGAUGUGCUAUCAGCAGCCACCAAGGAAGCCCAGCAGAUUGCGGUCAACUCUCUUCGCGUUGUCAUACAUGUAGUCUCUAGAUGUCACGAGGAAGGGCUAGAAAACUACCUGCGUUCUUUUGUCAAGUACGUGUUUGUGUCAACCAAGCUUAUACCUGGAAAAACUGCGUACACUCAUGAGGUGCUGGCUACGGCGGUCACGUCCAUUCUUAAGCAGACGGCAGAUUUCAACACCAGCAACAAGCUGCUAAAGUACUCAUGGUUCUUCUUCGAAACAAUGGCCAAAUCCAUGGCCCAGUAUCUACAAGAGGACAACCGCAUAAAGAUGCCGCGGGCCCAGCGCUUCACAGACACAUUCUACCAAGCUCUGCAGUCCCUGGUGCUGUCCAUCAUGCCUCAUAUCACCAUUCGCCACAUGGAAAUUCCUGAGGAAGCACGCUGUGUCAACCUGAGCUUGGCCAAUUUCAUCAAGAGGUGUCUGACCUUCAUGAACAGAGGGUUUGCAUUUACUCUGGUCAACCACUACAUGUGCCACUUUACUCUCAAAGACCCAAAGGUGCUGACCGAAAUGAAGUUUGACUUUCUGAUGGCGGUGUGCAACCACGAGCACUUCAUCCCCCUCAACCUGCCUAUGGCCUUUGGGCGCACCAAGCUGCAGAGGGUGCAAGAUUUUAUUCUGUAUGCGACGGAGCUUUUUGGUCCUGUAGAGCAGAGUCUUGAGUUCAGUCUGACUGAGGACUACUGCCGUAACCACUUCUUGGUUGGCCUGCUGCUCCGGGAGGUGGCGGCAGCCCUGCAGCAGGGCCCUGAGGUCCAACAGCUAGCCGUAAGCGUCCUCAAGAACCUGCUGAUAAAACACGCUAUGGACAACCGCUACACAGCUUUCAAGAACCAACAGGCGAGGAUCUGUUUGCUCUACCUGCCUCUGUUUGAGCUCCUCUACCAGAACCUGAAAAAGCUGUCCGCCCCGCCAUACAUUUCCAGCCCCGGGCUGAAUCUCAAUGGCUCGAGAGAUGACCUCUUGUCAAACAGUUCUGCAGACAGCAGGAGAAUCAGCACCACCAUAGAGCGAGAUUAUGGCCCGCCCGCCCUUACGGCCAUGUGAGGAGGGAGGACUCCAGAGGCU